AUGAAGUACAUUCUGGGGCCAUUGGAGAAAGCGGGAGCUAAGGGUGUUGAGAUGGCAAGCGGCGACGGAGUCAUUCGACGCUGCCACCCCAUCUUUGCAACCUUUGUCGGCGACUAUCCUGAGCAGGUGCUGGUGACGUGUGUUCCAACCGGGGAAUGUGGUAGCUGUGAGGUUGAGCGUGAUCAGCUGGGAGACGAUGAAACUUUUCCGCUCCGUGAUCUUGCACGAGUGUUGGCUGUGCUGGAUGGGGUGGAUGGGGACCCGACAGAGUAUAAACGGGCAUGUAAAGAGGUCGGAAUCAAGCCAAUAUAUCAUCCGUUCUGGGAAAACUUGCCUUACACCAACAUCUUCCGUUCGAUCACGCCUGAUGUCCUUCACCAACUCUAUCAAGGUGUGAUCAAGCACCUUAUUGCUUGGGUCAUGGCCUGCUGUGGAGAGGCGGAAAUUGAUGCUCGAUGCCGUCGCCUCCCCCCCAAUCAUAAUAUUCGACUCUUCAUGAAGGGGAUAUCUGGUCUGUCACGGGUCACUGGCCGGGAGCACGAUCAAAUUUCACGCUUUUUGCUGGGUAUCAUUAUCGACAUCCGACUGCCUAAUGGCCUUUCCUCCGCUCGUCUUCUGGGUGCUGUCCGUGGUCUCUUGGACUUUGUCUAUCUGGCGCAGUAUCCAAUGCACACAGACGAAACACUUGGCCUUCUCAAUGACGCGCUCCAAACCUUUCAUGACAACAAACAAAUCUUUGUUGAUUUGGGUAUCCGGACCAACUUCAACCUGCCGAAGCUUCAUGGUGCCUCUCACUAUUCGGCGUAUAUCCAAUUAUUCGGCACUACUGACAAUACAAACACCGAGUACACCGAACGCCUUCAUAUCGACCUCGCCAAAGAUGCCUUCCGCUCCACAAAUUUCAAAGACGAAGUUUCCACAAAUGACGCUAUGGCUUGA